AACUACUUUCGCUUAUUCAAUAGCGUCAUCAUGUCGGAGGACGAUCCUUCAGGCGUGACUACCUGUCGCUUGGUUGAGGAAGGGACACCUUGAGAGGCGGGAUGCAAUCAUCUCAGGUCUAAGUUACACGCACCUGCAUACAUAGCAUCCAUAUGUCUCAUACGAUCUACGUCAGCAUUCAACACUCAAACGGGAUGCACCCGGCCUGAGUCUGCAGACCUACUGCAUGCCGAUUCACGUAUUAGUAACAUAUGUUCUGUGUCUUGGGCAUUUGUCAUUGGGCUGCGGCAUAAAUGCUCGUGGCUCAAUUACACCGAGCUAUCAUCCCAACAAGCCUCCCGAUCCCCUCGAAAUGUCUUACCCAACUUUCAACGCCGAUACCACUGCCGAGGAGGUCGCAACAGCUUUCGCCGACCAGAUCAAGGGCAAGAACGUGCUCAUCACCGGAACAUCUCUGAACGGGAUCGGCUUUGAGGCGGCGCGCGUCAUAGCCAAGUAUGCCCAUCUCGUCAUCAUCACAGGAUACAGCAAGGAGCGAUUGGAGCUUACGCGAGCUGCAUUGGAGAAGGAGAGCCCCCAGGCUGAGAUCCGGCCACUGGUUCUCGAUCUCGCGUCUCUCAAGGACGUGCGGAGGGCAGCCGCCGAGGUGAACGCGUACGUCGAGCCCAUCCACGUCCUGGUCAACAACGCUGCCGCCGCCAUCGGCGGAUUCAAGCUCACCAAGGACGGCUUUGAGAGCCAAAUCGGCACGGACCACAUCGGCCCGUUCCUCUUCACGUCGCUUAUCGCGCCAAAGAUCCUCGCCGCACGCACGGCAACGUUCACCCCGCGCGUGGUCUUCGUCUCGAGUUCUGCACACACUUACCAGGCGUUGGAUCCCGAGAAGCUUGCCAAACCCGAUCCGGAGUCAUACGCCCCGGUCAACGCGUACUCCAAUGCCAAGACGGCGAACGUGCUCACUGCGGCCGAAAUCUCGAGGCGGUCCAAGGGGCAGAUCAAGGGAUACAGUCUGCAUCCCGGAUUUAUCUUCACCAACAUCAAUCAGAAAGAGGAAACCAUUGUAUUGGGGAAACAGGCAGGCAUCCUCCUCCCCGACGGCACGCCCAACCACGAGGCCGUGCCGUGGAAGUCGAUUCCGGCGGGCGCUGCGACGACUGUGACCGCUGCGUUCGACCCGCGCCUAGAGAGCGUUCCGGGCGCGUAUCUCGAGGAUUGCGUUGCCGCGAACGAGAAGAUUGCGCCGCACGCUGCUGAUCCUGACGUUGCUGCAAAGCUGUGGGAGAUCACAGAAGGGCUCGUCGGUGUCAAGUUCAACUUUUGA